CGAAAGCCUAUUUCUCUAUCAAAUGCAUUAGACCCUUCUCCUAUUUCUUUUACGAUAUUACCUAGUCCUUUUCAAACAGUUUUAAUUAUUAGUGCAGAACAACUUCAACAAGCCUCACAAAAAGUCACCGAAAUUGACAAUGAAGUGCGAAAUGCCGAAAUUAAACGCACGUUAAUUCAAGAAAUUUCCAAGCAACAAAAGGCCGAGUAUUCAAACAUCAUGGCGGACCUAAUUCCGCUAUACGCAAAAAUCAAUCAUUUAAUUCCUUUACAUUUCAUUAUUACCAAGAAUAGCGAUACAGCAGCUCGGAAGCUUUUAACAAUG